AUGUUUUCCAUAUCCUGCAUCAACGAUGCCGUACGGCCGCAAGCACAGACGAGAGGAGGUCCCACCAGAGAAGCGCAGGAGUCGGCGCUACAAGACGCGUAUCAGGAAGCCCUCGUUAAAAUCGGAAAUGGCCGUUUGUCGGAGGCGAGAGAGGCUCUGGAGGAAAUGUCCUGCCAUCCGCUGUGGAAGGAAGUCCAGGCUGAAGCAGGGGGAGGGCUGACGGAGAUGCGUCACCUUCAAUUCCUGGUGUGGAAGAACCUUGGCGACGUCUACGCGAAGCUGGGAAGUGACUAUAACGAGUCAGCACUGCGUGCUUACGUCACAGCGACGGAGAUCGACGGUCAGGAUGCAGUCCUCUGGCACAGGCUCGGAUCCAUGGCUCUCCGAACCGAAGGUCGAGCUCGCCUGGCGAGAUACGCACUGGAACAAGGCCUCACCUGCAGCCCUUACCACUGGGGGUGUCUGAACAAGCUGCUGGAAGUGCUGGUGUCUCUGGACGACUGGCAGGCAGCACAUGAGCUCGCGGCCUACAUGCUCCACCUCGCGCCCACCCAUUCUCGCGCGCGGCGAGUGCUGGCCAUGUCGAGCGAGGUGUUCCACCCGGACCCCGUGGCUCUGCAGGCAGCAUUGGACGCCCUUGCUGCUCGCGCCUCUGCUGCUGCUGCUGCUGCUGGCGGUGAGAAUGGCCUGGAUGCUGGGCCGUCAGCAGGGGCAACUGCAGGGUUCUCAGCAGAGGUAGCGCAGGAGCAGGAGCAGGAGCAGGAGCCUGAGCAGCAGGGGAGCGCACUGGGCAGCAGUGAGAUGUCCGUUCAACAAUACAGCCCGGUGCUUGAGCUGCGCGGUCGCUCCUGGGCCGAGCUGAUCCUGAACACUGUACACGUCUUCCGCAUGGUGCAGCAGCGUUCGGUGGAAAGGCAGGGCUUGGAGCACCCUCAGCCGGUGGCGGGCGUUUCUGUGACGGUCGUGGUAGCAGGCAGUCUGCAAGGAGGUGGUGAUCCUAGGAACGGCAACGAGGGCCUCAUUGAAGAGGGCGUUGAAAGCGGUCGUGAAAGGAGUAAUGAUGACGAAGAGCCUCAAGAAGAGCAGCAACCCCAAGAGAAGAGCUGCGCUGCUGCAGGGCCUAUUUUGUUUGAAAGAGAUCGUUCUGUUGAUAUGGCAUCCGUGCAUAAAUCAUGGUCGGUUGAGGCAGCGUCAGAACCCACAGCGUUGCCCCAGCUGUUUCCAGCCUCCCAUCCCUCAGACUCGUCUCUGCCUGACGCACCGUUUGACCCUCCCGCUGUCUUGUCUCAACCUGACCCAUCCUUCCGCGUCACUGCAUUAUCCGAGCCCAAUCUUAUUGCUGUGGUUGAUCUUUGCAUGGAGGACUCGCAGUCGCCUCCCGAUGCCACUCCAACGCCUACAGCUGAACUGCCAGCUGCUUCCGGUCCUCCUGAUGCAGAUGAUGCACCACCAGAACAGACACCACCGAUUGCAGACUCACCACUGACGCAGACACCACUGACACAGACUCAAGACACACAGACUGCAGCAACUUCUGCCGAUGCGACUCCAAUGUCCACUCAGGAGUCGCCUGCCGUUACGCCUGCCGCUCUGGCAGAAGCAGCCUCGGGACCAGCGCCUGAUGCCUCAGCUGCAGCUGUGUCAGCAUCUGCUACCACAUCACACGAUACUGCCACUGCUGAUGCUGUAGCCCCUGAUGCUGUAGCGUCUGAUGCAGCAGCGCCUGAUUCUGCGGCGCCUGCAGUUCCUGCCAAGUCAAGGAAGCGGCACAGGCACCCGUUGUCGUUUGUGGGCACGGAGAGGCGCACGCGGCAGCAGAUCAAGGAGAUGCAGCUGCAGGAGUCCAAGGGGAAGGAGAGCACCCUGCUGGAGAGCGCCAAGCCCCUCCCACCAAAGAGGCUGCGCGUGUUUGACAUUCUGGGCGCGUGCUUCAAGCAGCAGUCGCCCUUGAUAGGAGCCUGUGAUGGAGAUGGCUUCGGGAGAGCUGGGAAGAAUGGAAGGGGUAAGGAGGGUCUUGCAGUUGGUGUUGCUGAGGGUGGCGUUGGUGCGGAUGCUGCUGCUGCUGUUGGUGCCGACAGCGCUCACGUGGGGAGUGGUGGUGGUGCAUCUGAUGGUUUGAAGAUGCUGCACAGGGUGCGGCGCAAGGAGGUGCUGGUGAGGUUUUUCAGCAAGGAGGAGGAGUGGAGCAGCGUGGAUGUGGCAGCAGGUGCUAGAGCUGAAGUGGACGCCGGUGUUGGAGCGGGAGCCAGUGCUUCAGAGGGAGUUAAGGCUGCUGAUGGUCGUGACCCAGCAGGAGAUGCAGAGCGGUUGGGUGUGGUCCAGCAAGUGAGUGCAGCAGAGGUGGAGCAGGUGCAGUCAUUCCUCGCCGCCCUGCCAAAGCGCCUCCCUCUACUCCAGGCAGCCUCUCUCAUCCUGCAGUACUUGGCCUCUCACCUUGCCCUCUCCGCCUUCACACCCUCCGUUUUGGACGCUCUCCUCUGGCUUGAAAGACAGGCAGUUUCGUGGGAAGGCCGCUCACCCAGUGUUUGGCUGUAUCUGGGGGAGCUUUGUCUGGCGAGAGAGGUUCAAAGUGAUGGUGGCGUGAGCAGAGGGCGGCAAGAGGCAGUGGAAGGGGCGGUGGAGAGGGAGUGCGUGCAUUGCCUUGGCAUGGCAGAGCAGGGGCAGAUGGACGAGGAGGGGGUGAGGUGGGAGGUGGAUGGGGAUGCGUGGGGCCCAGUGGGGGGACGGAGAAUUGCGCCAGAAAAAGCAGGUGGAGAGGUGGAGGAGCUAGGUCAGGGGAAGGGACACGGCGGUUUAGGGGGUUGGGAGAAGGUGGGGUUCUGGGUUCGGCUGAGAGCAAGUCAGGGACAGGUGGCGAUGCGGAGGGGUGAGCAUGGAAGGGCGAUUGAGCUGUUCACGUGGUGCAGGGAUGCGCUGGGCAGAGCAGAGCGAAGCAGGGGCUGCUCAGAUGGCGCUGAAGUGAUGUUACCAGCAGAAGCUGGGUGUGGAGGAGUAGCAGCACUAGCACAUGCAGCGGUGGAGGUGCCGCAUCUGGCAUCUGUAUGGGGGCCCAAUGGGGGCAUUUCAGUGCAGGGUUUGGAUGAGCUGUUGAGUGAGCUGCAUGUGGACUGUGUACUGGCAGGGCUGUCAGGGACAGGAGAGGGCGUGGCAGGGCAAAAGCUCCCCCAGCCGCCACAGCAGCAGCAACAGCUGAUCAAUAUGAUGAAGCCUCUGCUGUUGAGGGAUGGGGCAGCAGGGAUGGGCGGUGGAGCUGGGAGGCAGAAGGGCAGAAGUUACUGCCUCCCGGGCUUGGCCUCUCACAGUUCACCUGCAGAUGGUGGUCACGGAGUAAAUGCAGACAGCCAGCACAGCCAGCAGAGCGAGCAGAGCUUUGGCAAGUGGUUGGAGACGCUCAAGAGACUCGUGGCUGCCACACGUGGAAUGGCUCAGGAGCAGCCGUUGGCACUGGUUUGUUACAAGCACAUACUCGCGCUGCUAUCCAGCAGAAUAAGCAUGGGGGCGCUGCCCCCUGCACCCGCGAAAGCAACGCCAGUGGCGUCAGCUGCUUUGGAAGGCUCUGCUGCAGCUGCUGGGAAAGCCUCUGCUGGUGGUGGCAAAAGUGAUGCUGGUGCGAGCUGUGAGGCGGAGCUGAUGCAGACAGUGCCGGGGCUGAGGGACUUGACGGCCUCCAUGGCGCUUGGGACAGGAUUAGACUCGCAGGUCAACGAGCAGCACUUGGAGGAGCUCCAGCAGGUUGUUGCGGUGCUUAUAGAUUUCGCCUUCUACAAGCACCGCCUGUUACAAGAACAGCCCGCGAGCCAGCUGUCAAGGGAGGUGUACCAGCCAGGCUUGAGCGCUGCAGCAGCAAGAAGUGGGAUUCUGGCAGCGUGGCAGGGGAUGGUGGUGGCCUGGCAGGGGCUGUUGGUGGAUCUGUGCAUGGCGCUCUGCUGCCUGCAGCACUUGCGCGUGUCUGUUAAUACGAUCGAUAAGGUGGGUGGUGAGAGGAGUGAGGUUGCUGCUCCACAACUUCUGGUUGCCAUGUGGGCCAUCACGCACAGCAUCCUUGCUUCUCAAGGUCUCUGCUGCGCCGCCGCCUCCCCCUCAUCCUCCUCAGCUGCUGACGUUCCCCCCUCGACCAUGCCCAACACCGCCUCAGCCCCUGUCAGUGCAGCAUCUUCGUGCAGACAAAGCGGGAACGGCAGCACAGCUGCAGCAGAAGACGGCACGCCUGCAGCAGUUAGAGCGCCGAGUGGUAGAGGCGCGUUCCUUGCCCUCUCUGCCCAGCUGCUGACCAACCUAGAGUCGCUGCUGACCCCCUCGGUGCAUGCGGGAGGUAGGAAAGCCAAGGCUGCUGCUGGCGGGGGUAAGGAGCCGAGAGUACGAGGUCUGAAGGGCGGAAGAGGAGGAGACGGUAAGGCGGGAGUCGGUGGAGUAGGUGCUAAUGGGGGCAGCAGUGCGAGGGAUGUGCAAAGGACCGGUGGCAACGGUGGGGUGUCUGCUGGUGAAAUGGUUGAUGGAACUGCUGGUAGAGUUGGCAACACUGCUGGGGUGGGGAGAGCGAGUAUGGGGACAAAUGGGGAAAGAGUUAGUUGCAGUGGGCAGGGUGAGCAGGUGGAGGAUACGCAUGCAAAGAGAUGCGCGCUGGAGGAAAUUGAAGGGGCUAUGGAUCAAUGCUUCUUGUGCUUAUACGGGGUACAGCUGAGAGGGGCUGAGGUGGAUGUGGGGGGGGAGAGCAGCGGAGGUGGUGCAGGGCAGGAGGCAGCAGCAGCAGGGCAGGUCCAGCAUCAGAACACCUUGGCUGGGGACUUGAAAUCCAAGGACCACUGUGCUCGAGCGUUGAGGCACAUGGCACCAUUCGUUGCCUCCUUUACUAUCGAGCGGCUUGUGAAGCUGGUGCCGCUGCUGACGUCCAUCCACUCCCUCUUCCCCUCCCCUCCCCCUGCCAUCCUGGCCCAUCACUCCGUGGAGCCGUUUUUGGACGAUUCACAAAUAAACGACUGGGGAAUGGUGGAGAGAAUUGUUUUGGAGGGGAAGAGGUUGGGAGAGGAGGGGAAGGUGAGAGGUGGGCAUACAAUGCAGGCGGAUGGGGGCACGGAGGAGGGCAGGAGGAGAAUGGAGAAUAGGGAGGGUGCGUUUGGUGUGAAGGGGAAGGAGUUGACGAGUGAUGGAGGAGAGCAGCUCAAUCAUGCCAGCAUGUUAAAUACAAUGCCAGACCUCUCGCCUUACAUACCUGUCCUGCGUCCCCACUCGUUUCUCUCCGAAUGGACCUCCUCCCGCCAUCCAGCAUCCCUCCAUGCAGACCCAUCCCACGCCAUGAACAGUGACACGUACGCUGACGUGUACAAUCCUCUCUUUGCCAUGCUGGCGCGGAUAGAGCCCAUCCCCAUGGGCCACCACAUGCCGCCAGGCUUCUUUCUAGAACCCAAGGGCCACUCUCACGUGCUGCAGGUCACUGCUCCUCUGCUCGCAGACCUCUGCUACCAUCCCAGCAACACGGACUCGUGGCUCAAGCUCGCUCUGUUCUACGACGAGGCUUCUGACCUGAUGUUGAACGAUGGGGCGAAGAUGAAGGGGCCUGCGGACUGGCAUGCGGAGGAGGGGGUGCUGCGGAGGCUGCAGGGGUACCGGCAGCGGUGCACACGGUGCUUGGUAGAGGCUAUUGCUACUCCUGGUUGCCGGCUUCCCUUUGAAGUGGUCGCGCUAGAGGAGAGUGAUUCAAGAUGGGAGGGGUGGACGGGGCGGGAGGGGAGGAAGGUCUGGGUGGGGAGGAAAGGGAGUGAGGCUUGGGAGGGGUGUGAGGAGCAGAGGAAGAGGGUGGUGAGUGUGUUGGAGCUGCUGGCGUUUGUGGUGUAUGACUCGAUUCAGAACGUGGUGCCGUCUUAUGACAGGCUCAGGCACACGCAAGUCAGGGAUGGCCUCUGGCUGAACCGCUGCCGCCUCGCCUUUCAACUCUUCCGCAUCCUCCAAUCACUCUCGCCAAACUGGCAGUACCCAUUCUUUCAGGGCAAGCUGGCUGAAAAGCUUCACCUGCCCGCCUCUCUCGCCCUCUCCUUGAUGCGCCGGUCCGUCUCCCUGCGCCCCAAUGCUGUGGACACGGCCUACCGCCUGCACGCCUCACGGCUUAAGGCACUUGCAAGAAGUCGUGUGGAGGCUGGGCUUAGUGAUGAUGCCAUCAGGGCGCUCGUGUCCAAUAGCGACACCAAGGAUGCACUUGCCAGGAUUCUGCAGCAGAAGGAAUUGGAGGCUCAGCCUGGAGGGGGUGCGACUGCAGCUGAGGGGAGUACAGCGAGGGACACUGGCCAUGUAAGCACUGCUGAUGGGGCGGAAAGGAAAAGGGGGCGUGGAGAAGACGAGGUUGUGGAGGGCAGAGGAGAGGCUGAAGGGGAGAAGGUGGUGGAGAGGGCGGUUGUGGAAGGGUCGGGAGUGGACAAGGGAUUAUCUGGUGAGAGGGAUGGGAGUGAUGAGGUUUUGGAGGUGGGGAGGGGGGUUGCAGAAGGUCGGGAAGUUGGCAAGGAAGCAGAAGGUGAGAAGGAUGGGAGUCACGAGGUAUUAGAGGUGGAGAGUUCGAAGGAGGGGAGGGAGGGGGCAAAGCAGGAGGAAGAGACAGAUGAGAGGAAGGAUGGAGAUACGGAGGAGGAUAAAGAGGGGGGGAAACAGAAGGGCGGAUCGAGAGGAAGGGAGAUGGAAAAUGAGGAGGAAGGAAGUGCUGGUGAUGCUGAUGGUGAUGCUGAUGGUGGUGAUGCUGGUGAUGCUGAUGGUGAUGCUGAUGGUGGUGAUGCUGGUGGUGCCGAUGGUGAUGCUGAUGGUGGUGAUGCUGGUGGUGCUGAUGGCGAUGGUGGAAUUGGUGGUGGUGAUGGCGGUGGUCGUGGGGAAAGUGGGGGAGAGGGUGAAGAUGACGAUGAUGAUGUGGUGCUGGUUGAACCGACCCAAGUUGAGUCAACCCAAGUGGAUUCAACCCAGGACUCCGGCUCUGUCAAGAAACGAAGGGGCGGAGAAUUUUCCAGUGGUGCAGGCAAGAAGCACUUGCGACUGGCAGAAGAAGGGGAGUCGCGACGAGCAGAGCAGGGAGGUGCAGCUAGUGAGGAAGCUUCAAGAGCAGCUGCGGAAACAGCCGUGCAGUCAGAGGAGCAUGGUGCAGGCAUAGCUGAUUUGAAAAAGCAGAAGCAGCAAGCGGAGGAGGGAGAAAGCGAGCAGCUGGAGCAGCAAGGGAAGAAGCAGCAUGCUCCUGUGGCUGAUGUCCAACAGCUGAGGCAGCACUGGCCCUUGGUGUGGCAGCAUCUGUUCCAGGAGAGCGAGAAAGGAGUGAGAGAGUGCUUAGAGGGCGACUUCAAGCACUUCCACAGGGGGAGGUACUGCCUGGCAAAGGCGUAUCUGAGGCGAGGAGAGCCUGGAGACUUGGAGCGGGCCAAAUCAGAGCUCGGGUUUUGCUUCCGGAAGGCCAAAGUGGCAUUUGCGAUGAACAUGUGGGAGAUUUGCAUCCACACGAAGCACGCUCCGAGGCCGAAAGGCGGGUCCAAGGGGGCGAGGUUGAGGAGGAAAGUGGUGGGGCUGGCGUCCGUGGAGGUGGCUGAGAGCUCUCGGAAGUUCAUGACUUGUGUGCGAGUGUACCUGAUGAUGUACCUCAGGCUCUGCUGCUACACCGGCGAUGUUGCUGCCUUGGAAGGGGCGCUUUCCACUCUCAAGACUGACAAAGAGGCAAGUCUCUCUUUCUCCUGGCUGUACUUGACUGAGGUGCUCCGACUGUCCAGGGCUGCAUACGUUGAGACGGUGACCAGGGGUGGGGAGGAUAGAACUGGUGACAAGGACGACGCAGCAGCACAGCACUUGGCUUGGGAGGAGGAGCAGGAGAGGAGCUGGUUUGAUAUGACAGAAUGGCACGUGCUGUCAGCUCUCAAGCUGUACGCUCAGAAGGGUGACCUCGACUUUUUUGCGUCAGCUGCUGCCAAAAUCAGGACUCGAGCUCCCUCCCCUUCUCCUCCUUCCUGCCCUCCAGCUCCUUCAUGCCCUCUUCCCAAGCAUCCAGUUACCCCCUGCAACACCUCCAACCCAACCCAGACCUGUAUAACCCAAACCACACCCAGUCAAGAUGCAUCGCAACCCUCACUACCGUUCUCCUCGCUUCCACCCUCGGCUAUUCACCACACUCCAUCAGCAUCCUCCUCCCUGCUUCUUCAUGAUCUCCCCGACCUCCCUUUCCCAUCCUCCACCUCCCAUCCCUCCACCCUCCCUUCGUUUUCUCCUUUGAGGCGAGGUGCUGCUUUCGCCCAGCGCAUGCACCUUCACACGAUGCUGUGCUGGUCGCAUGCCCUUCUUGGCGCUCUCUCAGACAUCCUCCCUGUCUCUGCCUGGCCUCUUUUCCCCUGGCUGCACCCGCUCUCACUCUCCGACCUGCCGUCUGCCACGCCUCCUCUUCUGUGUAAGGGAGCUGGCGUGACAGAAAAGGAAGAGGACGAUAACGGGGGGCCAGGUUUAAUGGAAGGAGAGUGUUUGGAAGGAACUGAAGAAGACUCGGUUGGUGGAAGUGAUAGUGAAGAUUCGGUACUUAAUUUGAUAUCUGAUGAUGAUGUGGAGGAGGAGGAGGAGGAGGAGGAGGAUGAAGUGGAUGAGGAGGUCAAAGACGAGGCAAAGGAAGCAGAGGAAGAUGGUAAGAGGGGUGGCGAAAAGUGUGUGGACAAAACAGGUGUGGGCGGUCAAGUAUGUGAAGGUGGAGAGGGAAAGGAAGGAGUGGGUCAACCAUCCACACCAGCAACAGUAGGUGUAGAAACAGGAGCAGCAGGGCCUGUCCCAGUAAUGACGAGGGGAGGGCUCAGAGUUACUAUACCACUGCUGCAAGGCCGAACUCUUAUGCAACCAGCACCAUACCCUUCUUCUGCCUCUGAUGCAACUGCUCCGCUCCACAAUCCCAUGCAAUCACGAUCGCCCCUGGCUCUUCCUUCCAGCACUAGCACAAAGGCCUUUGGUGCAAUCUCAGCCACCGGUGCACCCGCUGCUGGGUCUGCUGCCGCGUCCGUCCCUUCCACUCCCUCUUAUGCUCCUUCUUUUCCAGGCAACCCCAUCUGCACCACUUUCUCUCCCUCCCCGUUCUCUGCUAGGCCCCCGUCCUCCCCAUUCCCCUCACUGACUCCCCCUCGUGUCAAUCUGCUUCUUCUCAAAGCUAAGGCAAGUGAAAGCGAUGCAGAUCGAGCACUAGCCCUGCUUCGAUCAGCCCAGGCCCUAGAGCGGGAGGCCUCAGGGGAGCUUCCCUUUGGCAAAGUUCUAGGGGGAGGAAAGAAGGGGGGAGUGAGUGGUGGGGGAGGAGCGUUGGGUAUGAAGUGGAUGAAAGCUGCUGCGAGAGAAGUUGCGGGGUCUGGCGUGAGAGUGGAGGUGCUGGGGAGGAGUGUGGGAGGAGGGGGAGGCGGGGAGGCAGGACAGGGAAUGCAAGUUACUGGUACGAGUUUUGUUGAAAACAGGAAGGCAGGUGAAGUAGUGGAGCAUUUGGGAGGGGGGGCAGUGCCACAGGAAGGAAGGUGCAACGAGGAAGAGGAGGUGGAGGAAUGGAGAACGAGGCUGCAUGGUUUGAGCACCCAGUUGCUGGAAGUGGCUUAUGCUCUGGUGCAUGGCCGGUCCCUGGCCGCUCUUGCUGCUGCUGAACAGGCGCAGGCACAGAUGAAAGUGCAGGCGGAGGAACAGGCACGGGCAGAGGAGCUGGCAGAAGGGGGGAAGCAGUCGCAAGGAGGGACAGCCUUGAACGGAGAGGAAUCUGAGGGUCAACAAGCUCUGGUGCCGGGCACAGAAACCGAGGCGAAGGUCACCACAGCAACAGCACCGAAGUCACCUACAGCAGCUGGUUCAUCAGCAGCUGUUUCUGCAGCUGUUGUCACAUCCGCAUGUAGCCCUGCAAGGCGGAUGGAGCAGCGUCCUUCACCUUGCAGAGUGCGUUCCACCGAUGCACAAGCUCUUUUUGCAACCGCUGCAUCGCCAUCUGCAGCUGUCUCCCGUGAUGCUCCUCCCCCUGCUGUUCCAGCCCAGACUGCUGCUGCUUCUGCUGCUGCUGCUGCUUCUCCAUCCCGUUCUCUUGUCCCGGAUGCUGCGGAGGAGCGUCUCCCGGCUUCCUCUCAUCCCCCAAAAUUCCCUUCCUGCUCCCCCACUGGUGCUGCACCUAUCCUCAAGCCUCCGCUUGCUCGCCUCCCGAAGUUGGCACGGCGCUUCCAGGCUGGCUUGAAGAGAAAGCAGACAGAAGGGGAGGAUGUCGGGCAGAGUACGUUUUUGGAAGGUCACAGCGUGGGGUGCAAUGGAGACGGGGUGAACGAAGCAGACAAGAGAAGAACAGGAGACCAUGAGGCAGCGGCAGCGACAGAAGCAUCAACAGGAGCAGCGGCAGAAGCAGCAGUGUAUGAAGGAGUAGUGAACGGUUGGACGGGGUGCAGCCGCACAGACGGAGUCAGAUAUGCACCGAGCGCUGCCAUCACUGGUUCAUCUGCUAAGGGGAAGCAGAAGGAGGAUAGAAAUGAAAAACGAGGUAGCUUUGGGAAGGGCCGUAAGGUGGUGGAUGGAAGUGGUGAGGGCUGUGAGCGGGUGGAUGUGGAGGGGGGUGAACAGCAGGUGCGUAGAAUGGAGGAUGAGGUGCAGGUGGAUGGAAACGGAAGUGAGAAGGUGGUUUUGCAGCAGAACGUGCGGCUGGAAGAGAGGCGUCAGCAUGGGGUGAGGGAGUUGGGUGUUGUGAUGGCCCCUGCCGGAGAAGCUUCUGAGGAAGAGAUGUAUGGAGAGGAGGAGUGGGAUGGGGAGGAGGAAGAGGAUGGGAAGGUUAUUGAGUGGAGAAUUAAGCGUGACGGAAAACGAGGUGCGGAGCAUUGUAAGAGCAGUUCCGGUGGGCGUAGAGAUGGUGGAGAGAUUGUAAGAAAAAGAAAAGCAGGUGGAGCAGUAGAUGGUAAGGCGGCACCGUUGCGCCAGGGGAGCAGGCCGGCAUUAUCACUGCAGAAUGACGCAGGAAAGGUCGUCCCUGAGGGAAAGAAGCAGCUCGCGGCUGUGGCUACGUCGGCCCAGGAAGCAUCCCCAUCCACUGGCCCUUCUUUGUCAAGGUCUGUCAAACCCACAUCCAAGCCCUCCGUCAAGCCUCUUGCCAGGCCUCCCGCUAAGCCUCCUUCCAUAGCUGCAGUCAAAGCUGGCCUUCAACCUGUUCUCAAGACGAAGCAGACUCAAAAAACAGCCUCAACUCCUGCUGCUCCAUCGAUUCAUGAGAGUCUAUCGAUGUCUCAUUCGGCUCUUCAAAUGCAUCAAGGCACUCCAUCAACUUCUCAUCAAGGACCCAACAGAGGAGCCAGGCAGGGGACGUCUGUGCAGAAGAAGGCAGUAAUGGCAGUGGCUGGGGCUGUGCGCAAAGACACGGGUGGGAAUUCUGGGAAGCUGGGAGGACAGGAGGCGGGAACGAGUGGGGUGGUAAGGAAAUCUGCUGGAGGAGGCGAGCAGACAGCAGGUGUCAGUGUUAGUGGCGAGGUUGGAGCAAAAAGUAUGAGAGCAGUGCUGAAAAGGAAAAGAGCAGUGGUUGUUGCUGAUGAGAGUGCUCGACGUAUUGCUGCCCCAGAUGUGUCUGCUGAUGCUGCUGUCGGUGGGCCUGUGAAAAAAAGGAAGCUUGGGGAGGGCAAAGACAGAGGCUCAGUUGUGAAGCUACUAGAGCAGCAGAUGGAAGGAGUAGCAGCACAGCGGGAGGGUACGGCACCCGCUUUUGAAGCAGGAACAGCAACAACCUCCAAAGCUGGAGUUUCUCAAACAACGCUAGCAGAUGCUGCUAAUCCAUCUGAUCCAGGAGUCGCCACUGGUGCUGCAUCUGCUGUUGGAGUGGGAGGAAGAGGGCAGAAGAAAGGAGUGAAUCCGGGUGGGAAGGGUUCACUCAAAGUUGUUCAAAUUGGUGCUCCACAAAAUAUUCCGAAACUGAAGCUGGGGAGUUCAGCACCUAAAGGUGGGACAAAGGCUGCUGCAGUAACAGUGGGACCAGUUUCAGUGGACAAAGCGGGAUCAGGCAGGUCCAACCAAGUCAGUCAAAAAGGCAUCUCCAAGAAAGGUGUGAAGGGCAAAACGUUGGCCAAUUCUGGUGCUGCUCAAAUGGAAGGUGGUGUGCCUGGUGUCACUGAUGAAGUUGGCACAUGCACGGAUGUCACAGGGGAAGCCACGGGUGAGAAAUGCACACAGGAUCCUGCACCGCAAGGCAAAGCCACUUCAGCAACCAUUGGCAGUCCUGGUGGUACGAAGGUGCCUGCAACUCAAAGAAAAAAGCAGCCCCUGGUGAUAAAGAUUCAGAAGCCAAGGCAUGCUGUAGCUGUUGAAGGGAGCUCUUUGAGCAAAGACCAUGAUCUGGAGUGA